AUUAUUUAUAUAGUUUCAUACAGAUAAUAUAAUAACGUUACAUUUGCAUUUAUUGAAUAAAAAUGGAUAUGGAGCCAAAAAAAGACGAAGAAUUUCCAUUAUUGGCCUCAGAAGCCUUGCAUAAGGAAACAGCUUCUAUGGAAGACAGUUUGGCCAAAGUGGCAGGUAUAGACUUUGAAAAGGAAUUGAAAAUGGAAAGUCUACUAGGGCAUUUUAAAGAUUUUGGGUUUCAGGCUACAAACCUGGGAAAGGCUGCAGAAAUGAUCGAUAGAAUGUUGAAAUGGCGUCUAAGCGAUGAAUCUCUCAGUCCAGAGGACAUAGGUACUAUAUAUGAAGAUGAAGAAGUUAGAAAAAAUACAAGAUGUACAAUAUGGUUGGCCUUUACAUCAAAUAUGAUAUCCUGUGGUCUAAGAGAAGCAUUUGUAUAUUUGGCUAAGCACAAAUUGAUCGAUGUUAUAGUAACAAGCGGUGGAGGAGUAGAGGAAGAUCUAAUUAAAUGUUUAGGUGAUACUUAUAUCGGUAGUUUUAGUUUAGAUGGAGCAUCUUUGAGAGAAAAGGGAUGGAAUCGUAUUGGAAAUCUCAUUAUGCCUAAUGAGAACUAUUGCGCCUUUGAGGAUUGGUUACAACCUAAAUUAAAUUACAUGCAUGAUAAGCAGGUGCAGGAAGGAGUUGUAUGGACACCUUCAUCCCUAAUCGAUUUUUUGGGUUCGGAAAUAAAUGAUGAGAGAUCCCUUUAUCAUUGGUGCCAUGUUAAUAAAAUUCCCGUAUUUUGUCCAGGUUUAACGGAUGGAUCCCUUGGUGACAAUUUAUACUAUCAUACCUAUUCUAGAAAUGAACCAAACCUCAUUGUUGAUAUAGUUAAGGAUAUUAGAAAAAUUAAUAGCAUAGCUGUAAAAUGUAAAAAGUCUGGGAUUAUUAUUUUAGGUGGAGGGCUACCCAAGCAUCAUGUCUGCAAUUCUAACUUAAUGCGUAAUGGCGCAGAUUUCGCAGUGUACAUAUCUACAGCACAGGAAUUUGAUGGUUCAGAUUCUGGAGCUAGUCCUGAUGAAGCAAUUUCCUGGGGGAAAAUUAAGGCUAAUACAAAUCCAGUAAAGGUACAUGCAGAUGCAUCCAUAGUUUUCCCUCUGUUGGUUUCUGGCGUUUUUUCGAAAUAUGUAAACAAAUAA